AUGACGACUCCAGAGUCCUUAUUCACACUAUUCGGUGUUUAUGGUGAUGUGCAUCGGGUAAAAAUUUUAUUUAAUAAAAAAGAUUCAGCAUUAAUUCAAUAUGCUACAGCACAGCAAGCAGCUGUUGCUCAUCAAAAUCUUGAUCAUAUAACAAUGUUUGGAAAACAAAUACGAGUUUCAUUUUCAAAACAUCAAUUUGUACAAAUGCCAAAAGAUGGUACAUCGGAUAUGGGUUUAACAAAAGAUUUUACAAAUUCUCCGUUACAUCGUUUUAAAAAACCAGGAUCAAAAAAUUAUAAUAAUAUUUUUCCACCUGGUACUGUUCUACAUUUAUCAAAUAUUCCUACUGAAACAAGUGAAGAAGAAAUUCGAAAAAUAUUUUCACAAUAUGGAACAAUAAAACGAUUUAAAUUUUUUGAAAAAGAUCGUAAAAUGGCCUUAAUUGAAAUGGAUACAAUUGAACAAGCUAUUGCUGCAUUAAUUAAUACACAUAAUUAUCGUUUAGCGGAUUCAAUGCAUCUUCGUGUUUCGUUUUCCAAGAGCAAAUUGUAA